GGUAUCAUGUCAAGCCUGUGAAAGUACUAUUCAGUCUACAAUGGUGCGGAGUCAUCAUUUGGAGGCCACACAAUCACUAAAUCUCAUUUCUGUAACAGGACCCAGAUGCUGUACAGGGGGAAAGCCUGCCUGGCAAUAUAGUGAGUAUUAAUGGAGGGACACUCAAUCGUGCAGGAUUCCCGCUGUGCUAACUGUCAUGCAUUCACAGAACUCACAAGCUGUCAGACAGUUGUAUGGCAAGCACCUCCAGCGCCAAAUACAACUGGCAGAUGUAGAAAUAAAGUACAAGAAGAAAAUAUGGAAAACCUUGCACUGGAGGCUGAAAUCAAAAAGAGGACCAUUCAAAAACUGGACCUUGACAUCCAAAAACUUGAGUGGGAGCUCCAAGAAGAUGAAGAUGAAAUAAUAAAACGAUGCAUAAAAGAUGACGCACCUGUUCAUCACCUUCCCUGGCCACAGAAGACUCCGUGACAUCAAAGAGGAGUUUUAUAGGAUUGCAGGUGCCAAUGAGGCAGAUUAUGUGAAUCGAAAAUCCUUCCACAGCAUCAAUGUUCAGAUUGUCUGCAAUGCUGACUGUCUAAUCAGCAAUGUUGUGGCAAAAUGGCCUGGCUCAGUCCAUGACUCCAGAGUCUUUCGGACCUCUGACAUCCAUCAGCGCCUAUCACAAGGUGAAUUCUCUGGUGUGUUGCUGGGAGACAAGGGGUAUGGCUGCCGGCCUUCUCCUGACACCCUUUACAGACCCCCAGGAAGCACAGCAGGCCAGGACCAGGGCCACAGUUGAAAUGACCUUUAGUCAGUAAAAGAAACAAACAGAACGAAAAUAAACCAAGACAAAACAGUGGCUAUUAUCAAUACCAACACAGUCGUUCCUAAAACAGAUACAACCAUAGUUAGUAAAC